CCCUGAAUGCAAUCAAAUGCUAGGUUCUCCGCAUUCAGCAUGCUGUCGCAAGGGAUAUUUCAAUCAAUCAUUCAUCUUUUCUCUGGCAAUUAAAUGUUUCAUUCGUCUGGUGUUGUGUGAGUAAAUAUGAGAUUGAAUGCUGCUACCCGUUAAGUGUGUAAACGGCUUUUAUAAGACAAAUCCUACAAUUCUUACAUCUGACAAAAUGGGAUAGAUAUCCUAUCUGCCUGGGUUAGCGACAAGUUCGUCGUUUUAACGAAUAACACGAUGAUAUCUUACCUAUCGUGAUGGUGAGCCAAGCCUGUUUAUUGCAUGGUAUCGGCAGCACAACCGCGAAGAGGUCGUAUUCCUGUCGUACCAAAGUACGCGAUUAAAAGGGCAAUAAGCCCAACUCUCUAGCUUUUAAUUCUUUCCCUUCACUUCUUUCACAAUUGCUACCUAGGUAGAGAGAGGGGAUUGAACGUAGUCUUUCCUACCCUAGGCGCCAUCGUAAAGAUGCAGCUCAAGAUUGACGGCGCAACCCGCCAAAAUGUCAUCGUGGCCAUUUUGCUCGGUUUCGCAAGCCACUCAUGGGCCGCCCCGUUCGCGUCGUCGCAGAGCGACCCCUUCCAGGUUCUCGAUCCGCAAAACUGGGUGAACCCGGACAACAUGACGUGGGACGACUACAAGAAGCCGCCCGGCACGUCCUGGUCGGACCCCAGCCGCAAGGGCUCGGAGCGGAACUUCAACAUCGCGCUCGUCGCCGUCGACUACCCAGACAUGCCCUUCGUCAUCACGCUAUCGGCCGGGUCGUCCGUGUUCAGCAACCCGCAGCAGAUCGUGUCGGAGCUCAAUCGCACGGAGGUCCCGGCGUUCUACCGCGAUUUUCUGAACAAGCCGAGUGACCUCAAUCACAACCACACGCUGCACGAGUACUGGAUGGAGGAUUCGGGAGGCCGCUUUGGGGUCGAUUUGACUGCGUUCGGCGCGUACCGUUUACCCAGCCGUUCGUAUCAGUACGGCAUCGACGACGACAGGGGCGGGUUCAACGAAGGGGGGUGCCCGUCGGAGGGCCCCUGCUCGAUUGACCUGCGGACCGAUGCUCUCGGCGCGUGGCGCGCCGACGUAGGAGACGAGACGGCCGACUCGUUCGAGCUGGUGUUCAUCCUCUCCGCCGGCCAAGACGAGUCGUCCACGUGGCAAGAAUUCGGGAUGAUGAAGUUCCAGACUCCUGAGGACAUCCCCGACGAGUUCGGGCCCCCAAACAACGACAGCUUGCCCAAUUACGCGCAGACUAGAUACGUGAACUGGACGUCUUGGGCCUCGGCAGCGACGAUCUGGCCGAACGCGGGCGGCGGCUCGUCGACGCAGGGCGAGAGCUCGGGCAUGUCGACGUACGCGCACGAGCUGACGCAUCUGCUGGGUAUCGGCGACAACUACAACAACCCGUACAGCGACCCGCCGCGCCGCGCGUACACGGGGCCGUGGUCCAUGCUAUCGCGGGGUAGUUUCAACGGCCCGGGCGGUCCGCACACGCGGUGGCAGAUCCCAGCUACUCUGGGCGGCUCGCUAGGGUCUCUGCACACGAUGGGCGACAAGCUGCGCAUCGGGCUGGUGGCGAACUCGAGCGUGCUGAUGAUAUCGCGCGAUGAGCUGGCGCAGACGGGGCCCGUCGUGGCGGAGAUAACGGCGCGGUGCAUAAACCCGAACGAGACGGAGCUGAUGGGCCUGCGCGUGAUAAUGGGCACCGACCUCGCGCCCUUCUGCAACAUUACCACGGACGCGCUCUGUGAUGGCGGGAGAUACAACAACUACGACAUCGAAGUGAUCGACAGGAUGGGCGCGGACUCGUUCACGCCGGACUCGGGCGUCAUGAUCAGCAAGACCAAGGAUGUGGACAUGGCGCCGUUCCAGUGGACGAUCGACGCCAAUCCGCAGGAUAUUGACGUGGUGGACUUUUACCGGCCCGAUGGCACGCCGUCCAAGCUGACCAUUGGUGACUACCGCCAGUUAUCCGACGCGCUUUUCCACGCUGGCACGCGCUCGGGGAGUGAGUUUGAGUAUGUGGAUGAAGCGAAUCGGCUGCACUUUUACAUCGUCGACAUCCGCCGUGACGACGCCGGGGCUCUGCACUACACCGUUGGCGUGCGUUCGCUCGACAGCAGCAGCGCCAGUAGCUACGGCGUCCAUUUGGAGCAGGGCCAAGUUUCCGAGGGCCCGUUAGCUCGAGCGACGGAUAAGGGUGUGACGUGCGCAUUCCGUCUUGUGAACUCUGGAUCCUUCGUAGCAGCUAGUGGAACAGAACAUCUGUCGGCGUAUCUCGGCUCAGACAUCUACCGGCUGAGCGCUGAGGUGGACAGUGACGGCUGGCGUGUUGAGCUUUCGAAUGCGUUGGCUGUAGCAGAUUUUGGCGCGGAGACUAUAGUGAAUGUUGCGGUCGGUGCAGCGAGCGAGGCGGCAAGCCAGGCUGUUGUGAAGCUGACUGCUACGUCUGAGUCGGACCCGACGGUUUCGAUUACUAGCGAAUGCCAGGUCAAGAGAUGAGAUGGAUUUAUAUAAUUUUAUAAGUUAAUGAAUGUGUAGAUACAGAAGCAAAUCAGUGAAACUAAUUCCAAUGUUCUCUUA